AUGACGUCUAGACAGGAGCCGUCCAAGGAGGCUACCGGAAGGUGCUGGAGCGAAGAGGUCGACCGCAUGAUUGGAGACUCUGAACAGAGACUCGAGUCUGCGGUGAUGCAGGCCACAGGCAACAUUCGACAAUUCCAUGCAUCCCGUGCCAAUUUGAUCUGGGACUCGUGUGUCGUCGUGGACGACAUCGCAGGCGUUCCCCAAUGCGCAGAUUGUCAUUGGGAGGGUACUGCCAAUAUAUUCUGCUUUGUCGCUCCUCUCCUCGCCAACGAAGUUGAGAGCGAUGAGGUUUGCUUUGAGAGAAUUAAGACGACACUGCUUGAUUUGAAGAAACGCCGGGCGGAGAUGAACCCACCACUUGACCGCCCAGAUGAGUACAUCGACACGCUGCUUGCCGUCUUCGACAUAUCUUUAAGCGUCGGAAUACUCAAGCGCCCGGCGCUGAUGCCAAAGCAGACAUCGUGA